AUGCCACGACUUCGUUUCAUCUUUAACAUAGUCAAAGUUUUGCGAUUUCCUCUGCACUUCUUUGGGCUUCUUCAGCUGAGAUUUAGUGAAUCUCAAAAAGUAUAUCAACAAAGAGCCAACCUGUUCAGAUUUUUACCUACUAUUUUAAUUUCGUUGAUAUUCUUUUUCCAUAUGCUUUUAAGUAAUCAGUGUGAGAAGGAAAGUGAGCUCUUAAACUACCUAAAUAUUGAAAGGAGACCUUUAAGAAGUCGAAUCGAACUAUGGAACGAGAACUUAACGACCAUCUUUAUUUUUCUGACGCUAAUCUGGUCUUUAACCAAAAAAGAUCAGCUGUGGAAAAUAAUAGAUGACGCUCAAUCUGCCUAUAAAGAGCUAAGGUUCCUAAUGGGAAACUAUUUAAUCCUGGAAUGCUCCUGGCUCGUUUUCAUCUAUGGAAUACUUCUAAUAAUUUUACUGGCUAUAUUUGGAGUAAAUAUAUUAUUAUUCAACUGGCCAAAAAUAACUGUCGAGCACAGAACUAUAACACUCACCGAAAUAUUUAAAGUUUCAUAUUAUAUAAUGGGGUUACCCCGAUUAAUGUUUGUACUAAUAAUGGCGCUGCAUAUAUUAUAUCAUUUGAUUAAUGCUGGAUGGCUUCAAUCCCUAAAAAAGUUAAGAUUGCAAAGGAAUCUUACAUUGUAUCAGUUUCAGCUUCGAAAUAUUUUUUUUCUACAAAGAAACAUGAAUAUUUCUGCUGGUCACUAUUUUAAAAUGUCAUACAUAUGCUACUUAUGUGUUGUGGCUUUUCGGAUAGUUGAAUUUUUGCAGUUCUUACGUCUUGAUUCCUAUGAACUUGUGAAAAACCAAAAGAGCCAAGAGGAUCUGGAAGAAGAAGCCGAUUGGGAAGGCCAAGAAAAUGGGAAAAAUCUUGGGGAUCCACUGCUGAAAACUUUGCUUAUAUUAUCCUGGCACUUGGCUUUGUGGAUGUUGCUUCUUGCAGCAGCUUAUAAGCAGCAGGACGAAUACUUUAGCAUGAUAGAAAAAAGCUGGAACUAUAAAUCAGAUGGAAAUGGUUGCGAAAUGAACGAAUUUUUGGCGGAAAAAUCCUGGAAAGGUCAUACCUUUAAACAAUUGGAUAUUCUGGAUUUAUUGUUUCUUUCAGGAAUCUCUAUUUGCGACCGUCAACCUGUUUCCAUUUGCUUUAUGACCACCAAGUUCAGAAAGAGGAACUCAACCUACAUAAAUUUGGACAGAAUAGCAGGACACUUUAAGCUCCUUUUAAAUCUGGUUAUUUCCGCCAGCAUUGUCUACUUUGUGCAGCAAACGGAACUCGGUCACCUGCAGAAAUACCUCAAACAGGAACCAUAA